CAAAGAGAUUAGGCCAAUCUUAUAACGUGACAUUCUAAUCUACGCAAAUAACAAUUCGAAUAUUUUAAGAAGUCCAAGUUAUUUCUCCAUUCGUUUUCCUUAUCCUAUUGUAUUUGUCCCUCUCUUUUCUUCCUACAUUUAAAUAGUGUUUUCACUAUAUUUUCUUUACCAAUAAACACAAGUUUCUUAAGCAAAUUCAAGCAUUUGGAGUGCUCUUCUUUCUCCAUUGAAAGAGAAAAUGGGAAACAAUGCACUUGAGGAAGCCAUUGCAGGCCUCACGAAGCUUCUAAGAGAGAAUGAAGGAUUGGAAAAGUUAGCAGCCGCAAAAAUAAAAGAGAUAAUAACCGAGUUGCAGGGGCAGGUAACCGCUAAUGCUGUUCCGCUUCAACGCAUCAAAUCCGGUUUUCUCCGGUUCAAAACCGACAAAUACGAGAAAAAUCCUACUUUGUACCGUGAACUUUCAAAGGGUCAAAGUCCUAAGUUUCUGGUGUUCGCCUGUUCUGAUUCGCGCGUCUGUCCUUCUCAUAUUCUUGAUUUUCAACCUGGUGAAGCCUUUACUGUCAGAAACAUUGCCAACAUGGUUCCUCCCUAUGACAAGACAAAGUAUUCUGGAACAGGAGCUGCUAUUGAAUAUGCUGUUUUGCAUCUGAAGGUGGAGAAUAUUGUGGUGAUUGGACACAGCUGCUGUGGAGGAAUUAAGGGACUUAUGUCUAUUCCUGAUGAUGGUUCCACUUCUACUGAUUUCAUAGAAGAUUGGGUUAAGAUCUGCAACCCUGCUAAAUUCAAGGUUAAGUCUGAGCACAGCAAUGUUGAGUUUUCACAACAAUGCACCAACUGUGAGAAAGAAGCAGUGAAUGUUUCUUUAGGGAACCUGUUGACAUACCCAUUUGUAAGAGAAGCAGUAGCAAAGAAAACAGUGGCUCUCAAGGGUGCUCACUAUGAUUUCGUCAAUGGAGGUUUUGAGUUAUGGAGUCUCAAUUUCAGUCUUUCAUCUUCUAUCAUAGUAGAGAAUGAAGGAUUGGAAAAGCUAGCAGCCGCAAAAUUAAAGGAGAUAACAACCGAGUUGCAGGGGCAGGUCACUAUUGGCCAACCCAGAUCCAAGGAUGUCUUUGAUCCGGUUCAACGCAUCAAAUCCGGUUUUCUCCGGUUCAAAACCGACAAAUACGAGAAAAAUCCUACUUUGUACCGUGAACUUUCAACGGGUCAAAGUCCUAAGUUUCUGGUGUUUGCUUGCUCUGAUUCGCGCGUCUGUCCUUCUCAUAUCCUUGAUUUUCAACCUGGUGAAGCCUUUGCUGUUAGAAACAUUGCCAACAUGGUUCCUCCCUAUGACAAGACAAAAUUUUCUGGUGCAGGAGCAGCUAUUGAAUAUGCUGUUUUGCAUCUCAAGGUGGAGAAUAUUGUGGUGAUUGGACACAGCUGCUGUGGAGGAAUUAAGGGACUUAUGUCUUUUCCUGAUGAUGGCUCCACUUCUACUGAUUUCAUAGAAGAUUGGGUUAAGAUCUGCAACCCUGCUAAAUUCAAGGUUAAGUCUGAGCACAGCAAUGUUGAGUUUUCACAACAAUGCACCAACUGUGAGAAAGAAGCAGUGAAUGUUUCUUUAGGGAACCUGUUGACAUACCCAUUUGUAAGAGAAGCAGUUGCAAAGAAAACAGUGGCUCUCAAGGGUGCUCACUAUGAUUUUGUCAAUGGAGGUUUUGAGUUAUGGAGUCUCAAUUUCAGUCUUUCAUCUUCUAUCAUAGUGUGAGAACAUAUAUAUAUAUAUAUAUAUUAAUAUAUAUAUAGUCACUCACAAUUUCAGUCUUUCAUCUGUUCUUUGUUUUCGUUCCAAUGUUUCCUUUAAUUUCUGGACUAUGAGUAUUGUAUUAUCUCAUUUGCGCAUUUUAUUUCUUGUCCACGAACGAUCUUUUAUAUAAUUGUUAUUUUCUUUUAGUUGCUCAAAA